AUGACUACUCGCGGCGUCUCACCCUCUCCGCCCCCGCCAAUCAAUUCGUACUGGUUCUACUCCUCCCCGUUCCCUCUCGAUGAUCCCCUUGCGCCGUUUCCGAUUCCCACCGCCGCCACAGCUCAGACGAAAUACCCACCACGUCCCUUUGCACGCUACGACUCCCUCGCCCUCGAAGCCGCGUAUCAGGACCACCUCCAGACACAACGCGCCCGAGAAGCAGAGCGAGGCAGGGCUGCAGCAGCACUGUCGUCAAUCUUUCGUGGAACCUCGCCGAAAGCUAUUGGGAGAAGGGCAUCCAAUGAGACAAGCACUAGUACAGCUACGAUACGGGAAGUCGCGAAGGAGGGCCAUUUGCAGUUCAAGGAAGGGGAGUCUAGCGAGGUAGCUAUUGAGAUUACGGACGAGAUGGGCACUGGUCGUGAGAAUAGUUGGGAGGAAAAAUCGUUGCGCAAGGGGUCGCCGUCCCCCCUACGGCAUCUGUAUUCUGGGUCGCCGAGCUCUAGCUCGCCGGUGAGUACAGGGUUGGGUACAAGCCCCGGUUAUGGUGGGCUGGGUACUUCCCCGAAUACUAGGAGCGGUACCACGAGAACGCCGUUUAUUCGCUCGUUAACGCAGUCAAGGGCAAUGACUAUGCCAAACACGACGAGCAGGUCUUCCUCGACGUCGCGGAGAUCUAGUAUGAAGAAGGCCUCACCGCCACCGACACCACCAAUACAGACAGAGAUACCGGUUGGAAUACAAAGACUCCAUCAGGUCUUACUCCCGAGCUUUGUUAUGACACCGAUAUAUUGGAGCCCGUUACAGGAUGUGGCUUCGGUUAUGCGGGGAACUUGGUUCUAUAAAGAUACAAUGCUUCCGGUUGAAGCUAAUAUUGCAAACCGGCUUGAGGCUGGGUGGGAGGAAGUUAGGGCAUGGACGGAAGAAUGGGAAAUGGAGCUCUCAAGUGCCGUUGAGGUUGGCCGCGAAGGCGAGGAGAAAGUAAGGUGGCAAUUGUUUGACAAGAGAAGGGGAAUGAGCAGCUUCGAGACAGAGCAUCCGAUCAACUCUGCAACUCUGAAGUCAGGCGUGGCCGGUAGUGUAACACCGGGGCAAACGACGGCAAAUGAAGCCGAUUGGGUCUUAUUUGCCAAUGCAGUUGAUGCGUAUAUCUGCCGUGAUACUAUGUUGAGUUUCGGAAAUAAAAGACCACUGGCGAAUAUCAGGAAGGGGAAAGUUGUCGGGACACAUGUAGUCCGCGGAUUUCAGCAAGAUGUGUGGGAACGCCUUCAUCCAUCCAGCAAGAAAAAGAAGGUUGCGGCGUCUGGCACUGCCGCUAGAAAGACGAGAUCAACAUCUACCUCCGGUGUUAGUACGCCCACCGAAGCACGGGAAAGAGAAAAAAGACGAAGUACGACCGGUAGUGCAGAGGCACCGAAGGAAGAUUUUGAGACAUUGUCAUUAGAGGGCCUAGGACCCGAUGAUGAGGAAAGGAUAGAAGUCACGGAUCUAUUUUUGGUGAUUCAUGGGAUUGGACAGAAACUGAGUGAAAGGGUCGAGAGUUUCCAUUUCACGCAUGCGAUAAAUUCUUUUAGACGACAUAUAAACGUGGAACUUAGAGAUCCAGCUGUGAGACCACUCCUUCGGGAUGACGGAAAAGUCGGGAUGAUGGUGCUACCUAUAAACUGGCGUCACAAUCUCUCAUUCGAUGAAGAAGGUCUCUCCAACGGACAUUCCAACAACAGCGAAAACGAUUUCUCUCUUGAAGAUAUUACUCCCCCGUCAAUCCCAGCUGUGCGUAACUUGAUUGGUGAUGUCAUGCUCGACAUCCCUUACUACCUCUCCCACCACAAACAAAAAAUGAUUGGCGCGGUUGUGAAGGAAGCAAACCGAGUGUAUGGUCUAUGGCGGCAAAACAACCCAGACUUUGAAAAGAAUGGCGGUCGAGUUCACAUUAUCGCACACUCACUUGGAACGGCAAUUGCAAUGGAUAUCCUCUCUAGUCAGCCUACCCAUGUCCCCCAAGAUAUGAAGAGGGAAACAAGAGAUACCCAAUUCGAUUUUGAUACCAAAAAUGUCUUUUUUGUUGGAUCUCCAGCUGCAUUUUUCUUACUACUCAACAAGCGAACCUUGCUGCCCCGGCGUGGAAGGGACAAGAAGGAAUGCGACUCAUCAGACACUGAUCCACAUGUCACCGGUUUGGCGGGAACCUACGGCUGUAUGGCCGCCGACAACAUCUAUAAUGUCCUUCAUUACUCAGACCCUAUCGCGUACCGUUUAAAUCCUACUGUCGACGCAUCGUAUGCAGCCUCUUUGCGCACUGUAUACGUUCCUAGCACUGCAACAACAUUCCUCGAUACUCUCAUCCGAACUGUCUAUCCAUCAUCAUCGGCAAACGUGCACAACACUCCAUUCUCGCGUCUACCAUCAACUAUAGAGCUUGAAACACACGAUUUUUCGCGCGAAGAGCUCGCUGAAAAGAGGUUGUAUUUAUUGAACGACAACGGGCAGAUUGACUACUUUUUGCAAAGCUCGGGGGCCUUGGAGAAUCAAUAUCUGAAUAUUCUAGGCGCUCAUAGUUCAUAUUGGGAGAGCAGGGACUUUAUUCGCUUUUGCGUUGUGGAGGCCGGAAGAAAGGAGGGUAGAAGCGGAUGUGUUCGGGGCAUGGGCGUGAGGAAGAAGAGAGGAUGGAAAUAA